AUGCUGCCAGCAAGUGGCUUCUCUAGAGCUCUGCGAGAAGCCGCGCCUGGCUUGUCAAGACGCUUUUUCGAAUGCAGUGGUCGAAGACACGCCUCGCAGGUUAGCAUCGCGAAGGAAAAGUCGAUACUCAAUGGACAAGCUCGAAAACCCAGCACAUCACCGACGAAGCCCACGGGAUACCUCUCUAGUACGAAGCUAUGCUCCCCGUCCAGUUACUACACGCGGUCACCCUUCCCGGCCCCGUACUUUCGGGCAUUUACCCAAUCUACAAGAGCCAGAAGAACAACCUCUCCGGAGGUAGGGGAUCGCGCGAAUGCAGAACAUCAGGAUAGUGGAAAGCACGGGGAUGAGACCGGGAGCAGAAAAUCAUUUUUUCCAGACGCAUCAUCGAACACGGUUGGCUACUGGCUUCUGGGGAGUGCUGCCAGCGUCUUUGGGAUCGUCGUGUUUGGAGGUCUCACAAGACUUACAGAGUCUGGCCUGAGUAUCACGGAAUGGAAACCAGUCACCGGCUCUCUACCUCCCAUGUCUGAGGCUGACUGGGAGUCUGAAUUCGCCAAAUACCGUUCAAGUCCCGAGUUCAAGAUGCUCAACUCACGCAUGACGCUCGACGAGUUCAAGUCUAUCUACUGGAUGGAAUGGAUCCAUCGCAUCUGGGGCCGCUUCGUGGGCCUAUCUUUCGUCUUGCCCGCGGCUUUUUUCAUUGCGAGGAGGCAGGUCUCCAGAUCCAUGGCCGCGAGACUGCUCGGUAUAGCUGGGUUAAUCGGCUUUCAGGGUUUUAUCGGCUGGUGGAUGGUGAAGUCCGGCCUGAAGGACGACCUUUUCGCUCCCGGUUCGCACCCACGUGUAUCACAGUACAGAUUGACUGCGCACUUGGGGGCAGCCUUUAUUUGUUACCUCGCCAUGUUCUGGAACGGUCUCGACAUCUUGCGCACGAACAAGAUCUUGCGCGCGACUCCUGACACAGCGAACACGACGCUGCAUGCUUUGAAGAAUCCCGCCCUGAGACCUUUCAAGCGCUACGUUGCCUUCCUCGCCGGUCUAGUCUUCAUUACAGCCAUGUCUGGAGGCCUGGUAGCUGGUCUAGACGCAGGCUUGAUCUACAACGAGUUCCCAUAUAUGGGGCUGGGACUUACGCCGCCAAAGACCGAGCUGUGGGACAAAUUCUACAGCCGCGAAGCUGAUAACAGCGAUCUCUGGUGGCGGAAUAUGCUCGAGAACCCCAGCCUAGUUCAGCUCGACCAUCGGAUCCUCGCCACCACGACGUUCACAGCAGUCAUGGCUCUCUGGACUUUCGCACGCUCCGGCGCGAUGCAGAAAGCUCUACCCCGGGCGGCGCAACGAGGCGUCCACGGUGUCGUCGGGUUCGUCUUUUUGCAGGUCACCUUGGGCAUUACUACGCUACUGUAUUUGGUGCCUACGGGGCUGGCGAGCGCGCAUCAGGCGGGCAGUCUCGCGCUAUUGACUUGGACGAUCGUGCUGGGCAGUCGGGUCUGGUUCCCAACACAAGCUGCGCGAAUUUUGGCUCAGCGAACGGCGACUGCGACACAGGCGAACUUGGGCAGCAGCAAGUUUACGCCAAAUGCCACGGAGAUGCUCAAAGCGAGGUCGAAUGGACUGAUGCCUGGAAAACCCGUCGCGUUGGCGGCCGCGGGAAUCAUGCCGCUUGGAACGGCAAUAGGUCUGAUCUUGUCGAAUGAGGCGGAAGGUUCACUACGAGAACAGCUGUCCAGAGGAGGCUCUCAGGAUUCGUCGAGGUCGAGAGAUGAGCAGGUGCGAUUGAAGUGA